AAUUUCUCAACUUGAUUUUCCAUAGUGUAGUCAAUACUCAUAGUACGUGCAAAGUUCCCCUCUAUUGUCUCUGCCUCGGCACUCUGCACUCUGCACGUUCAUUUUCCGCAAUGGCAGCAACCCUAGCAGCAACAAAGGCUAUGAUAAACUCCAAGUGUUUGAACCCAAUAACAGGGUCAUCACCCAAGUCGAACAAUCCCAAGCUCCCACCUUCAAAACCCACACUCUCCCUCUUCUCCAUUCAGAACUUCCCAAAGGGAAUAACCUCCAACGUCUCAACUUCCACAGCAGGCACUGCCAUUGCAGGCGCAAUAUUCUCCUCACUCGCAAACUGUGACGCAGCCUUGGCUGCGUCGCAAAUUGCUGAAAUAGCGGAAGGCGAUAACCGUGGGCUGGCACUGCUGUUGCCAUUGAUUCCCGCCAUAGCGUGGGUGCUGUUCAACAUUCUGCAGCCAGCGCUGAACCAACUGAACCGCAUGCGUAGCAGCAAGGGGGUCAUCAUUGGGCUUGGGCUUGGGCUCGGGCUGGGCGCAUCAGGCAUGCUUUUCGGCCUAGAUGCAUCGGCUAGUGAGAUUUCUGUGAUUGCUGAUGCUGCCACCAGUGACAACAGGGGACAGCUUCUGCUGAUUGUGGUUACACCAGCGAUUGUUUGGGUUCUGUACAACAUUUUGCAACCGGCACUCAACCAGCUUAACAGAAUGAGAUCAGAGUAGUGACUUUGCUAUGCUAAUGCUAAGGGAAUGGAAUUUUGUGCACCCGCUUCCAAUGCCUUUUUCUUGUACCACUUCUUGCUUGUAACUUGUACCUAUUGCUCUUUCUCUCUCUAAAUAUAAAUAUUAUCUCUCUUAUUGACUAGGCC